GUAGCUAAUCAGGAGAAGGGAUGGCAUACACUCUGCCUACUGGAUAUCAAGGUCAAAGAACAAUCCAUUGAGAAUCUAAUGAGGGGCAGGAAAAUAUAUGAACCACCAAGGUAUAUGUCUGUCUCUCAGGCUGCUGAACAAUUACUUGAGAUCGUGGAGAAUAAACAGAAAUCGGGGGACAACAGCGCCACCUUUAACAAGGACACUUUGUGUGUUGGGCUAGCAAGAAUUGGCUCAGAAACACAGGUUAUAAAAUGUGGAACACUUGAGGAGUUAACAAAAACUGAUUUAGGACCCCCUCUACAUAGUUUGAUUAUAACUGGGAAGACUCAUCCUCUAGAACUGGAUAUGUUGAAACUGUUUGCAGUAAAUAAAGACACUAUUGAAUUAGCCCAAUCAAAGGUAGAACAUUGAUGACUUAAACCAUUGUUUUAUGGGAACGAUGGUCUCAGGCCCUUUAAGUUUAAAAUUGAGACUUCUACAUACAUCUCAUACAAGUGUAUAUGUCUGAAUGCAAAAACUGAUAACCAGAAAUCAAGAAAACUGCAAUAUUUAUGAUAAUUGUAAAAUGAAUCGGGCAGACCUAUGGCGACAGUUAUUGUAUACUUAAAGUCUAAUUUUGAAGAACAUUCACUGGUGUAGAUCAAUUGGUGGAGGUUUAUUCCAAUGUGAGUGGAGUAUGCUAUAUUGUUUAAGUAAUGUUCAAGUUCUGAACAUCAAA